GGGGCUGACAGGGGGGGACCUCAACAGGUCCCCCCUUUCACUUGCCAUUCGUCCCUCAUUGGAUGUCCGGUAACUGGGCGGCCUCCCUGGGCGCCUUGCUGGGCCUCGUGGCUUUGACGACCUUCUUGUGGCGCAGUUGGAAGCUCCUGAGGCCAGGCACUUCAAGUGAUGGCUUGCAAUAUGCCUUGGCGCUGCGUUCUGCCGUGAUCUAUGUUCUCGGUAUUUGCUCGGUGCCAUUGCUUUUCCCUUGCACGGACAGCCCUGAGGCGCCAUUGACGAGUUGGGCCUCUUGCCCCAAGAGCCCUUACAGCUUCAUCCCAACGAAUUUGAUGCAUAUCUUCCACAUUUUGCCAUUCUGGUAUGCCUUCCUGGUGACACCCUACUUGGGUGGCCUAGUGAAAGCUAUUGUUGAUGCCAUUCUGGGUGUUGGCUUGGGCCUCGCAGCAGCUAGCUUGCUGAAUCUUCUUCUCCCUGGUGGAGCAGCGGGACCUAAUUAUUUGGCCCCUGAGUAUUUUGAACAGGCGUGGCUUCCUUUCAGAUACAGCACAUUUUCUGCCUUCAUGCUGGCGCUGUGCUUUACCUAUGGACUUUUUGUGAGCAGCUUGAGCUUGGGCAAAAAGCAAUAUGCGUUGGGCCUCUUUUCCGAGCUCUUGGUGCCCUUUAUGAGUCCCACGACCCGCACGGGUUUCCGAGCCGUCUGUUGGGAUUGGGACUUUGCUUGGAACUGGAAUGGUGCUGCGAUGUGUGGACUUUGGCUCGUGCUCCUUGCCGUGCUGUUGUCCGUCUUUACCUUGGGUUUGCUGCCACAUCGCCGUUCCAUCGAGAUGCAUACAGCCAGAUGGGCCUCUGCCUUGGCGUUGGCCCAACUUGCAGAGGAUACAGGUGGCUGCUUGGAGUAUUUGAUGACCAUCUUGCAGCAGGAUGCCUGGAAGUUUCAAUUCCACGCGGAAAGCUCAAAUUUCUAUAUCAAGCACUUGGGCCUGCGACUUACGCGUGCCGAGAUGAUCCUGGAUCUGACGCCGUGGGAGGGUGGCUCUGAUCUCACCACAGUGGUGGCUUUCCUCAGGCAGCUCAGACAAUUGCUUCGUAUCCAAAGCGAGCAGAUGCGAUAUUUUGGGCAGACUAUUCCAAAGGGAGAGCAGUUGAAGCUGGUGGACUUCCUUCAGGCCUGCAACGAGGGACUGGCCUUGGUGGCCAGUGACUGCCGAAGCCAUGCUGAUCUCACCAAGGAGAGCUGCGCAGAGCUUCAACGGAUUGCCGACAAAGCUGAUGAGGUGUUGGUCCAGUCGCUACGCAGCCUUGCGGAAAAUGACAAGAGAUCGAUGGCCUUUGUAGACCUGCUCCGCAGUUGGCCCCAGGCCUUCCGUCGCCUGGGAGAACGACAUGAACCGCGGAGAACGGAGGAAGCUCGUGUGUCCACGACGUGGAGAGAUCGGCAUUGGUUUGCACUUCGAAACACCACUUCUUGGACCUUGGCGCUCUUAUACUCUCUUUACUUUCGUGACUACAACUGCGGAUGUGUCGUGGCCACAUCUUAUAUUUUCUCGCAAACCUCUGGAUCGUCCUUCGAUGUGAACAUCAACAGACUGCUGGGUGUUUGCAUGGGUUUGGCGGUCGGCAACAUCCCAGCUUUGCUGAUUCUGAGUGAUCGGACUGCAGUAGAUCCCUCUUCCACCAGCUAUCUCCUUCGCGUCUUCAUGUAUUUUGUGGUCAUGCUCAUCACUUGGACUUUGGCGAUCUUCGGAUACCUGGCAGUGGAUUCCAAGUACUGCGGCGCCUGCCUGAAUUGGGCUGCCCUAUCUGGAGUGCAAAUGCUGCGCCAUUUGCCGCGAGUCAGCAUGUUGGACGUCGACCUCUUUACUGCCAUCCUUGACAAUGUCAUGUCUGUCAUGGUUGUGUUUCUGGUCGACAUGGUUUUCGCCUACAUGCAGGGCAACAGCGCUUCGGAGCAAGUCAAGGCUGCAGUGACCGAGUGUAUCCAACGCAUCUCGACUCUGAUGAGCACCUUGAAGGCCGAUGGCAUUGGUGACUUGGAGCUGGAUGCCCUGCAGAAGAGCAUCAAGGAGGCACGAUUCUGGGAGUCCGAGAUUCAAAAAGAAGGUUUGGUGUGGACAAGGCUUUGGCAAAAUGCAUACAAGGCGGAGUCUGUGCCAACUUUCCUGGACCACUUUGAUGAGGUCUAUGUUUGGCUCAAUGCUCUUCAGAACAGCAGCACACGCUGUGACCGCGAGUGGGGUGGAAAGAUCGUGAAAAAGCUCUUGCCCAAGAGCGAGGUAGACCGAUGUCAGACCUUUGUGCGAGCAGUCAAGCUUGUGUUGCAGGGCCUGGAUGACUCCUUGCAUGAGCUUCACCAUUUGCUGGAGGGCUCCAAAAAGGAGGCCAAUCUGGAGCCCAUGUCCUCACAGAGCAUUUGCAACGUGCUGCAGGGCGAAACGGAGGAGGGUCCAGCUCCCUUGGACGAUGUUUCUCCGGUGGACGGCCGUUCUCCUGGAAGUACGGCCGAUGCCCUGGAGCAGCGCGCAGCUGCGGAGGCGCUCUCCCUGAGCGCGAAGGCGUUGCGGAUGACGCUGCAGAAGAUUGGAGGUGCAGAAGAAGUUGGUGUGGCGGACGACGUGUGCGCAGGCCUGCUGGCUGCGGGCUCUGCCUUGGCCGCCAAAGAUUGGGGAGUCGAAGCGCGGGUCCGCAAUGGAAGUGGACUCCAAAGUUCUUCCAUGGAGGAGUUUAUGCCCAGCGGUAAGACUACUGAGCUGCGUCGGCGUUUGCGGAGCAGCCAGUCAACGACCUUUUAACAUCCUUCAACCUCUCCAGCUGCGGCUAUGGUUUGCUGCAACAUUGGAUGACUGAUGGGGCACCACAAGCGCAUUUGAUCAGUCCAGCAGUUGCAGACUUCUGCAGGUUCCAGCAGCUUGCUGCAGCUCAAAGUAGCGCAGCAGAGUUGUUUCAUGGCAUCCCUCACAAAACAUCUGGAGAAAGCAGCUAUGUGACCCUCCUGCGCUUUGCACAUGAGCUGUUUGUUUUGUAGCUGUCAGUUCUCCUUGGCCACUAUCUUCAAGCCACGGGCUUCAGCGGCUCAGCCAGUUCAGUUUGC